AUGUGAAUUCUUUACUUUGUGAACUUUUACUGUGAGGGGACGGUAAAGUAUAAAGGAAAAUUCAGACUGAGUUGAAACAAACACAGAAAUUAUCAACGAAAAAGAAGAGAAUUUGUCUGCAUUUAUAAGGAAAAAAAUUGGACGUUUUUACAUUCACGAAUGUAAAAUAAAAUUGUGCCUGAAUUUUACUAUUUGACCGAGAAGGUUUUGAGCAAGCCCAUUGAACGUGUCGGGAUACUAAACGAACAGGCUCACAAUGUCGGACACAGAGGAGCAGAAGGUGUGUAUCGUCUGCGCAACGUUCGAGCCCCAAGCCUGGAGAAAGUCCUUGUGCAGAAACUGCUUUCAUUCCUUAGAGGAACACUCGGAGGAGCUUCUCGCAGCUGAAGCUGACGCUGUCGCCAAAGAAAAAAACGCAGGAAAAACAAACGAAGCUCUCAGUGAUUCCUCUAAACCAAAAGACAACUCGAUAUCUUCAGGAAAGGAUGUACAAAGUAAACCGAUUUCUAAAGAAUCUAACGGGGAGAAAGAUGCUUCUUCGUCUAAAGAUAUAAAAAGUAAAUUAGGAAGUGGGAAAGAAGUUCCUAAAGAUGCAGGUCGAGAGGUCGCUAAACCAGGGUUGAAGGGCAGCUCUACUGUAGCAAUGAUAGGCGGAAGAAGCAAAAUUAUCACGACAACCUCUUCCACCACACAAUCUUCCUCCUCAUCUUCACUGAAAACAUCACCGAAAACAUCAACAUCCUCUACAACGUCCUCGACCUCAGCUACGUCGUCCACAUCCACAGCAACGACCACAGUCACGUCAACUGCCAGCGCUCAAAAGCCGAGUUCUUCCUUAGCUAAAAAUGUUGCUUCCAAAUUCGAAUCCAAAGCAGCCACAACGACACCCAAAGACAAACCGCCAGUCAAGACAAGCGCUAGCGUCUCCAGUCUUACCAGCAAGCUCUCGGGAGAUUCCAAAGCUGAUUCAAAAUCUGGCUCACCUCCCAAAACUAUAGACAAUAAAUCCUCAGAUUCCUCGAAGAAAACUGACUCUAAAUCUCCUAUAAAAAAGGAAGACUCUAAAUCGUCAGACGCAGCGGUUUCCACUUUGAAAUCGUCAAAUUUAGAUUCCAAAACGAAUGGAUCCAAAACUAAAGAAGAAACGAAACCAGAAACCAAAGACAGCAAGUUGGGUUUGGAUUUAAAAGAAAAGAAAACGGCAUCUAUUUUAAGUAAAUUUGAAGAAUCAAAAUCUUCCGCUAAUCGUUUAAAAUCCGCGGCUCCUUUUGGAAAAGAUUUACUGAAAAGUAAAAAAGAUAUAGGUAAAAAGGACAGUUCCACUUCACUUGAAGUGAACGAUGAUUCUAAAACUAAAGACAGCCCACCUAAAACAAAAGCCAGCCCACCGAAAACCACAGGUUCGUCUGCUAAUGAAAAAGACAAAACCAUCCCGCCGUCGAAGACUCCUGCAGGAAAAAUAAACGACGAUAAAAGUAAGAAAAACGGCGAGGAAUUAACUGGGAAGCUAAAGGGAGGUGAAUUAGGUCAAUCUUCGGCGUCUACCUCGCCUCGCCAAGACGCCAAAGGUUCUAGCACGGGCGCACGUUCGCCUAAAGACCCCGACCCCACAGACUCAGCCAACGUAAACAAGGUCGGGCACCUGGCCAAAGCCGCAGGUAAGGUUACAGAUAGUAAGGCAGGUGAGCCUGGUUCCAGCGCAGAAUCCUCCAAAACUACCGAUGACGUCAAAGACAAAAGCUCCAGCAAAUUAGACACCAGUGCCAAAUUAAGUGCUCAGCUUGAUGGGGAUAAGCCCUCGCAUUACGGAGAUCGAGGGAAAGAGAAAACGCCAGAAGAGAACGGAAAGAGAACUGAAAGCACUGCUUCAGCCGCCAGCAAACCUUCAUCAACGUCCACAUCGUCGUCAUCAAAAUCUUCUAACCUAGCCUCGGAUUCGAAGUCGGGUUUAAAAACUGUUGACUCUAAACCAAAGGAUUUGAAACUAGACACGAGCAAAGACUCAAAGUCUUACAAUAGCCCUCUUGGGAAGUUUAAAGCUUUAGAGAAAACCAAAGACAAACCUGCAGAUAAAGUUGUUCCGGCGACUACACCAACAUCCUCUAAAACCUCUGUGGAAAAUGGAACAAGAGAAAUUUCAAAGGAAAAAUCGCUACCGGAAGCGACUUCCGGGGACGACAAUCUCACUAAAAAGUUAACAGCCGAGUUGGAAGAAAAGGAAAAACGUCUCUCGGAUCUCAUGGAACGAUUGAACAAAAUGGAAGAGCAAGUGAAAGAAAUGGAGAAAGAAAAACAGACAAGGCGCGGGUCGAUUCAAGACCAGAAAGAAGAAAUGGAGAAAUUGUUGAAAGAUUUAAAAGGCCAAUUGUCGAAGAUGGAAACCCAGUGUUCGAAAUUAGAAAAAGAUAAUCAAAGUCUGCUUGAUAAAUUACACGCGCAAGAGGCGAGUGUCAAACGUGAUCAGAGCUUAAGGGGCAAGAACAUCGACAACACAGUGUUGGAGGAAGAUUUGGAGGCUGCGGAGAAGGAACUUGAAGAAGUUAAAGAAGAGAAUAAAGAGCUUCACAGCCAGAUCAUGGAGAUGAAGAACGAGAUGGAUGAGAUGUACGAUCACUUCAGAGAGAACGAACACGACGAGUUCAGGGAGUUACAGAAAGAACUGGACAUGACGGCGAAAAAUUGCCGGAUCCUGCAGUUUAAAUUACGGAAAGCUGAACGACGAAACGACCAGAUUGAGGAAGACAGGAUACACUACGAGGAAAAGUUGCGUCAGCUGCAGGAUCAGUUCGACUCACAGGACGCCAAGAACCACAUUCGAGUCCUGGAGGAAGAACUGCGAAUGGCCAAGGAGGUGUCUGUGAGGCUCCAUGACGAGCUGGAUAUUGUGGAAGACAAGCGGAACAAGGCUCUAGAGGAGAACAGGCACCUGACGGAGCUGCUGGAACACACGGACAAGAGACAGUUCAGGAUGGAGAUGGAGAUUGAUAAGCUCAGGGAUAUUGU